AUGUCCGCCCCCGCGCCGCCCUCCACCGAGCCGUCGCCGCCCGUGCUCUUCUCCUUCCCCGACGCCGAUGCGCUCUCGCGCAACCUGGCCGACUUCGUCGUCAAGGCGCAGAACGAGGCCAUUGCGCGCCGCGACAAGUUCACGCUGGCCACCAGCGGCGGCAGCCUGCCCAAGAUGCUCGCAAAGUACCUCGUCGGCAAGGAGGGCGUGCGGUGGGACAAGUGGCAAGUGUUCUUCGCCGACGAGCGCCUCGUGCCGCUCGACCACGAGGACAGCAACUACCGGCUGUGCCACGAGGAGCUCUUCAGCAAGGUGCCCGAGCUGAAGCGCGAGCAGAUCCACACGAUCGACGUCUCGCUGCUCGACGACGCCGAGGAGCUGUCGGACGAGUACGAGAAGCAGCUGCGCGACGCUUUCGCGGGCAAGUCGAGCGUGCGCCUGCCCGUCUUCGACCUCGUGCUGCUCGGCAUGGGCCCCGACGGCCACACGUGCUCCCUCUUCCCCGGCCACGAGCUGCUCACGGAGCGCACGCGCUGGGUCGCGCCCAUCGAGGACUCGCCCAAGCCGCCGGCGCGGCGCAUCACCCUCACGCUGCCCGUGCUCAACAAGGCGCACCGCGUGGCCUUCUGCCUGGCGGGCGAGGGCAAGCAGGAGAUGCUGGCAAAGGCGCUCGACGAGGCUACCAGCCAACAAGUGCCGGCGAGCCUGGUGCGGCCCACGCCGCCCGGAGACGUGUACUUCAUCUGCGACGAUGCUGCAUCUGCAAGCGUCAAGUACGCAAAGACCGAGUUCAAGCUCUGA